AGCUUAUGGAAUCUAAACCGUUGGAUCAAUAAACGAGCUUGGCUUCAAUAGUUAAAAUACGCAAAACUCUCUUGCGCCGCCCGCGUCUCUAGUCAGUCACUUGUUAUCUCCUUACCACACUCUCUGAAGAAACCAGAACCCUAAUCAUCAAAUCUCAAGAUGAAUCGUGAGAAGUUGAUGAAGAUGGCUAACACUGUCCGCACUGGCGGAAAGGGCACAGUUAGAAGAAAGAAGAAGGCUGUGCACAAGACUAAUACUACUGAUGACAAGAAGCUCCAAAGCACCUUAAAGAGAAUUGGAGUUAACUCCAUUCCAGCUAUUGAAGAAGUUAACAUCUUCAAGGAUGAUGUUGUUAUUCAGUUCAUCAACCCUAAGGGUAUACCUUCUAACGUUAUACUAAGGAAAUUGUAAACCUUU